AUGACUACUUACACAAAACGUCCCGUCCGGCAGCUGGGCAAGAAUGGGCCGCUGGUUCCUCGUCUGGGAUUGGGAAUGAUGGGUCUCAGCGGAGUAUAUGGCCUUCCGGCUCCUGACCAUGAGCGCCUGGCCUUUUUGGACAAGGCUUUCGCGACUGGAGAGACAUUCUGGGACACAGCCGAUGAGUACGGCGACUCCGAAGAUCUGAUUGGAAAAUGGCUCGCCGCAAACCCCGAUAAACGCAAGGAUCUCUUUCUUGCCACCAAGUUCGGCAUCAAGUCCAAGCCCGAAGAACACCUGCAGAUCGACUCAUCCCCUGAAUACUGCCGUAAGGCUUUAGAAAAGUCACUCAAACGAUUGGGUCAGUCAUAUGUCGACCUAUAUUACAUACACCGCCUUGACAAGGUGACUCCCAUUGAGAAGACUGUUGAGACAUUGGUCGAGCUCAAGAACGAGGGAAAGAUCAAGCAUAUAGGUUUGAGCGAGUGCAGUGCUGAAUCCUUGCGUCGAGCGUAUGCCGUUCACCCAAUAGCAUGUGUACAAGUUGAGUACAGUGCCUUUUGUCUUGCCAUUGAGUCACCCGAGAUUCGCCUGCUUGAGACAGCUCGCGAACUUGGUGUGGCAGUAGUGGCAUAUAGCCCUAUUGGCAAUGGCUUUCUCACCGGCAAAAUCCGCAAGCAAGAGGAUUUCACUCAGCCUGGUGAUCUCCGUGCUAGCAUACCAUGGUUCAAGCCAGAGAAUUUGGACAAUAAUGUGGCCGUUAUCGAUAAAAUGGUUGGCAUUGCCCACGCAAAAGGAGUCAGCCCUGCCCAAUUAGCCCUAGCUUGGGUCCUUGCUCAGGGAGAUGAUAUUUUCGCGGUUCCUGGCACGUCAAAGAUUACUCGUCUAGAAGAAAAUUUGGAGAGCAUGUCGAUCUCUUUGACGUCUGAUGAGGAAAAGACGAUUCGCAAGUUAUCGGCGGAGAUAGUGGGUGGCCGUGUUCAAAGCCUGAUGGGGCACACAUUCGCCGAUACUCCUCCGUUGCAUUAG